UACAGCCCACUUGAACUCAAUCCACUUCACAACACAUGACCACAGGCUGGCUCAUGUUUUACCGACGCUGUUAAAAACACUGGUUGCAUCAAAGCUGGCCAGCAAAGACGUGCACAGCUUCAAGUUGAGAGCUCAAGUUAGCAGCCAGAGAAAGGAAAGAAAUGCAGUCUGUGGUGAAACAAAACUUCCAUUCUGAGACAGAAGCAGACAUCAACAAACUCAUCAACCUCAAGCUCAAUGCAUCCUACACCUACCUUGCUCUGGGGAUGUAUUUUGACAGGGAUGAUGUGGCUUUGCCAAAAUUCUCCAGUUUUUUCCUGGAGCGCUCAGUGAAAGAGAGGGAGCAGGCCGAGAAGCUGCUGGAAUACCAGAACAUGAGAGGAGGCAGAAUUUUGCUUCAAACUGUUGCAAAACCAAGUAGGGAGGAUUGGAGAGGUGGUCUGGAUGCAAUGUCCUUUUCCCUGGACUACCAGAAGUCCCUAAACACAUGUGUCCUCGAUGUGCACCGCAGAGCUGGCAGCCACACUGACCCUCAUCUGUGUGACUUCCUCGAGCAGCACUUCCUCAUCGACAGCCAUGACACCAUCAAGAAGCUGGGCGACUACACUGGCAGUCUGACCCGCAUCACUGCGUCUGAGACCCAGGGUGCUAUGGGAGAGUACCUCUUCGAUAAACACACUCUGUAAAAGCCACACUGACUCAAGCGCCACAUUUCAGAAGAUGUGUGGAGUCAAGAGGGCAAGAGCCGCUCAGACCUUGCAUUCUUUUCCGUUAAGAAAAUUGCAAAACAUUUUCACAGUUUACCACAAACUUCGUUCUUACAGCACAAGAGAAGUUCUAAGCAAAAUAACAGAAAAUACCUCAAUUUGUCUUGAAAGACCACAGUGCAAAAAUAAGUCUCACAUAUAUGGUGCUAAAAAAUACCAUUUUCCUAAGAUGUUAAAAUUAGUCACUUGUUCAAUUUAGACUCAGUUGUAUCACAUGUCCUACAUUCCAGUGUCAGAGGUUUGAACCUUCACAGAUAUUUUAAUUAUUGUAUACUAAUUUGAGUCAAACAAUCAUUUAAAUCAUUUAAGAUGUAUGCAAUAUCAUUGAAAAACUGAAUAAAGUCAGAUUAUGCUUA